GGCCGGAUUCAUUCCUGUGGGGCGCGGGGUAUGGAGGAGCUGUGCGACCGCAGGCGGAGCUGGGCGGCCCGGACGGCGGCGCGGACAGCGGUCUCAUUUUGAGGGGGCAGCCCGAGCCCGAGCGACCGGCGGCGGCGGGGAGGACUAGCCCCCUGGCAGUUUGGUGCUCUGGUUGUCAUAUGUUGGACGGCAAUAGACAGAACAUACAUCCGUCCUGGGGCGCCGUGAUUAACAUUGAACUUUGGUUCCUGUAACCCUUGCCUGUGUCAACAGAGUUAAGCUGGAGCUUUGCUUUGAAGGAUAAAUAAAGCACAGCCUCUCAACUGGACAUAAAUGGAUCUAAAGACAGCAGUAUUUAACGCAGCUCGAGAUGGCAAACUCCGGCUUCUCACCAAAUUGUUGGCAAGCAAAUCUAAAGAGGAGGUUUCCUCCUUGAUCUCUGAGAAGACAAAUGGGGCCACCCCACUCUUGAUGGCCGCCAGGUAUGGGCACCUUGACAUGGUGGAAUUUCUCCUGGAGCAGUGCAGUGCCUCCAUAGAAGUCGGGGGCUCGGUCAGUUUUGAUGGCGAAACCAUUGAGGGGGCUCCCCCUUUGUGGGCCGCUUCUGCAGCAGGACAUCUGAAGGUGGUUCAGUCUUUGUUAAAUCAUGGAGCGUCUGUCAACAACACGACUUUAACCAAUUCAACUCCUCUUCGAGCUGCCUGUUUCGAUGGCCAUUUGGAGAUCGUCAAGUACCUGGUAGAACACAAAGCUGAUUUGGAAGUGUCAAACCGACAUGGGCAUACGUGCUUGAUGAUCUCAUGUUACAAAGGACACAAAGAGAUUGCUCAGUAUUUACUGGAAAAGGGGGCAGAUGUUAAUAGAAAAAGUGUUAAAGAUCUGUUACGUGAAGUAUUCAGGUUUAAACAACUUUCUAGUACACAUCCUGUGUCAGGGGUCCUCAAGGCCACCCCCAUGUUUGCAGGUAAUACUGCAUUGCAUGAUUGCGCAGAAUCUGGAAGUUUGGACAUCAUGAAGAUGCUUCUUAUGUAUUGUGCCAAGAUGGAAAAGGAUGGUUAUGGAAUGACUCCCCUUCUCUCAGCAAGUGUGACUGGUCACACAAAUAUUGUGGAUUUCCUGACUCACCAUGCACAGACCAGCAAGACAGAAAGGAUCAAUGCUCUAGAGCUUCUGGGAGCUACAUUUGUAGACAAAAAAAGAGAUCUCCUUGGGGCUUUGAAAUACUGGAAAAAGGCAAUGAACAUGAGGUACAGUGAUAGGACUAAUAUAAUUAGCAAACCAGUACCACAGACACUAAUAAUGGCUUAUGAUUAUGCCAAGGAGGUAAACAGUGCAGAAGAGCUAGAAGGUCUUAUUGCUGAUCCUGAUGAGAUGAGAAUGCAGGCACUAUUAAUUAGAGAACGUAUUCUCGGUCCUUCUCAUCCUGACACCUCUUACUAUAUUAGAUAUAGAGGCGCUGUCUAUGCAGACUCUGGAAAUUUCAAACGAUGCAUCAACCUAUGGAAGUAUGCUUUGGAUAUGCAGCAGAACAAUUUGGACCCUCUAAGCCCGAUGACUGCCAGCAGCUUAUUAUCUUUUGCAGAACUGUUCUCUUUUAUGCUACAGGAUAGGGCUAAAGGUCUGCUGGGCACCACUGUUACAUUUGAUGAUCUUAUGGGCAUACUGUGCAAAAGUGUCCUUGAAAUAGAGCGAGCGAUCAAACAAACUCAGUGUCCAGCAGACCCAUUACAGUUAAAUAAGGCUCUUUCCAUUAUUUUGCACUUGAUUUGCUUAUUAGAAAAAGUUCCUUGUACUCUAGAACAGGAUCAUUUCAAAAAGAAAACCAUAUACAGGUUUCUUAAGCUGCAUCCAAGGGGAAAGAAUAACUUCAGCCCUCUUCAUCUGGCUGUGGACAAGAAUACUACCUGUGUAGGGCGGUACCCUGUUUGUAAAUUUCCAUCUCUGCAAGUUACUGCGAUACUGAUAGAAUGUGGUGCUGAUGUGAACGUCAGAGACUCAGAUGACAACAGUCCCCUCCAUAUUGCUGCUCUGAACAACCAUCCAGACAUCAUGAAUCUCCUUAUUAAAUCAGGUGCACAUUUUGAUGCCACAAACUUGCACAAACAAACUGCUAGUGACUUGCUGGACGAGAAGGAAAUAGCUAAAAAUUUGAUCCAGCCUAUAAAUCAUACCACAUUGCAGUGUCUUGCUGCUCGUGUCAUAGUGAAUCAUAGAAUAUACUAUAAAGGGCAUAUCCCAGAAAAGCUAGAGACCUUCGUUUCACUUCAUAGAUGAUAAUUUGACUGUUGAAGCACGAAUUGGUAACAGUUGUUUCAUAAAUGAGCACUGUUGUGGUAACACCAGCAUUCAUUUAGCUUGAUUUCAUCGUGCUCUCAUUGGCUAAAGCAUUGUAAGCAUCAAAUUUACAGGAUUGGUUUCCCAGUAUUUAAUAUAAAUAUACCAUAUAAUAUAUUGUUUGUGAAUUAUUGAGAAAUGUAAUCUCAUAUUCAGAUUUCUAAAAUUGUCUGCCAAAGGCUUAUCCAUUCUGGUUUUGUUUGCUGUUGGGUGUUUGGGACAGAGUUAACCAUUUUUCAGUGGUGUCUUUAUACUUUUCUGGUUUGUGAAUUUUAUACAAUUGAAGGUCUUUUUGUGCUUCUUCCUUCUCUUCUCCAAGCUUUUCCCGUUCCCACCUCAUUUUUAACUUAACCAUUUCUACUUAUCAAUUUCUUUCCCCUUAUGGAUCCAUGUUAGGUUGUACAAACUAUGGACUUGUUACCAUUUGCAGUUACCAUAAGUGCUUUAUCUUCUCUAUGCACUGGCUUCAACUUGACUGUUGUAUGUUAGCAUAUUUUCUAUGCAGCAGUUGGUCAACUUCAACUCUGAAACACUGUUAAGUAUGUUACAAAGUUCAUUUUAUGAAAGUACUCUUGUAGCAUGACAAUUUUUAGAGCUACAGGUUAGCUACCAGAGCUCAAGCUUUUUUGUUGUUUUUUUCUUUACAUCUGAGGUUUCUUUCUCUAAUCCACUGAAAUUAUUGUGUGCUAAAUUUGGGAAACAAAGCUAUUCUAACUCAUUAACCCAGUUGAAAUUUAGGUCUGUCGUCUUAAUAUAUCAUGCGGUAAAAGGAAGAAUCUUUAUAAAGUGACCCACCUUUCAUGCUGCGCCAGCAUUGUCCUGCUUGUGCUGAUGAUGUGAUUAGGUGUAGAGAAUUUGCUUAAAUUUAACCUCAAAGUUUAUCACACAGCUUAAUGAGUCACACUGAAAUAUUCAGUAAUGGAACUGCAAAUCACUUUUAUUUACAAAAAAGAGCUGAAGCAUGUCAGUGGCAUGAUGCUUGCCAAGCCAGAUCUAGGCAUCUAGGAUAAUUAAGGUAUUUUUAGUAUGCAAUUUACUGCCAUAGUAUCAAAGGUCAGUAACAGUGUUCCUUCUUUCUUCAAGCUUAAGUAUACCUUUGAAGAUAACUUGCAUGAAUUACUUUGGUCUCAAUUAUUUGUCACCCUAAUUAAACACAAAAGGUUGCAGUGCUUCCUCUUCCCUUACUGAAAAUUAGCUUUUCUUUUCUUUCUUUCUUUUUCUUUCUCUCUUCCUUUCUUUUCUUUCUUGCCUCCCUCCCUUCUUUCUUUGUUUUUUUUUUGGAUUUUUUUUUUUCACAGCUUUGCUAAUGCCACAGAAAGGGCUCUUUUAACUUAAGAAAAAAUAAGUGAAAAGUACUAAAAAAGAUUCAGGUAAUUAUCAUUCAGCACUUUAUUGUUAUUCAGAAUAAAAUUUAUGAUGGCAUAUUUGCCCUGCAAAUGUCUUAAUGAAAUUGUUCUGAAUAAAAAGCUCCUUAUUGGUUUGAGAAAAACUCAGUUUACCUGUGAGUUUAAUGAGCCUGAUCACUUGUAUUUUUGUGUUGACAUUUUAUUCUGAGGGUUGAUGUAGGGGUAUUUAAGGAGUCAUCAUUGCGAACAGUCACAUUAGGUUUAUUUCAUCUUUACUCAGUAAAAAACUUCUAACGAAGAAUGGUAAAUAAACAAAAAAGCAUUAGACUUACUUUCUGGUUAAAUAAUUGAAGUUUAAUUUUUUAAAAGAUAUCCUUACUCAUUUUACUAGGUUGUAUAUUUAAUUUUACCAUUGAAAAAGGUGAUUUGGAUAUAAAUGGUUGCUCUGCAACCUUUUGAUGAAGAGAUUUUAAUAUCUUGUUUACUAUGGGAAAAUUUGAUGGAAUAUUUGAACUGCCACAUAAAUUAAGAAUAGUUUGUGAUUUAGAUAAUUAUUCUAGAAAUAUCAGACAUCAAUUUUUGAAAUCAUUUGCCUCUAACCUUCUGGUAUAAGAAUUAUAUGCGUGAACAACCUUUUUUUUUUUAAGGAAAGGAAAACUUUGCAAGUACAGCAAAUCUACAUUAGUUGAUCUCAGUAAUUUUGGGGUGAACGGUGAGCAAUUGGAUUUUAAGUGAUUUAAUAUUCCUUUUUUUGGGAGGGGGUAGGAGGGCUUACAUGCUCUUAUAGUAAGGCACAUCUCACACUAUUUUAUAGGUGAAUUUGAAUUGUGCAACUCUAGUAUAAAAUAAGGAUUUCUUUACAUAGCAUUUUCCCACCACUGAAUAUAGAUAACUUAGAACUAUUCCUCAGUCUUGAUAACUGAAAUGCCUUAUUUCAAUUAAGAUACAGUUCUCUGUUUGCCAUCUCCCCAAAUGAUGUUAGGAGCUCUUGAAAAAUCAGUUAGUUUAAAAGCUCAAAAUUGUCCAUUUUAUUUUAGAGGAGGUUGUUUCAUAAAUGUGCCCUCAGACACUGUUUAAGGCCUUUGUCAGAAAGUAUUCACAAAAUUGUGAGAAUGAAUUUUAAAAAAAACUUAAGUUUGUGUUAUUUUUUUAACCAACAGAUGAGUAAUUUAAUAAUGAGCUAAUUGUACUCUCAGCUGUACACUGUAGCAUGGUAAUGUUGGCUGGAGCUAAUGUAUAAGUUUUGGUUACGUUUCCAUAAAAAUCCCCUGUUAAGGCCUGCUGAGUUUUAGAUGUUCCACUCUUGAUCAUUUCUGUAAAAGAAAUGGUCAUUUUACUCAGAUUAGAUGCCAGUCUACAUUAUAAAGACAAGUGGAUUACAGAUUUUAAAAAUAGUCAUUUUCUUAUCCAUAAAUCUGACAGGGACAUUAGCCCAAAUCAGCCAAAGGUAAUUUGGUGCCCGUUGUGAUUUUGCAGUUAAGUGAUUGCUCACUUGUAAAGUGACUUAAUGUAUAAUGUUUUCGAGACCCCCAUCUCCUGUGACUUGAGAAAACUGUUGAGGUUAUAUUUGAAAAAGUAGCUCUUUAAAAUAAUAUUGCCCAGCAGAAGCCUUAGGUUGAAUUUUACAGGUGUAAUAACCCUUGUAAUUUCCCCAGAAUUGUGGGGGCCGGAUGAGAUAAUAACCAUAUUCUUGUGCACUGUAACAGCAGCAUUAUUGCUUGGAACUUUAACCAUUUUAGAGUUAGGUACUAAAGAAACUAAAAUUAAUUGGUUGUCAUCUUUUUCUUUUUGCCCUCAUACAUCACUAAACAACUAGUUUCUCUCCCUUUUGUCAGUUCCCAUUGUGUAUUUUUCCAAAAAGUACUGUAUUCAGAUGCCAGCCAAUAAACUGUCACACAAUGGAAAAUGAUAUGCCACAACAUUCAUUGUAAGGUUUAAUAAAAUUAAAUUU